GAAUUGUAAAACAGUAGUUAUAAACAUUAAUCAAGAGACAAAGCUGUGUAAUUUUCCAAAAACAUAUAAAAUGGUACCAAUCAAACACAUCUACCAAUCCUAUCUAAGAUGAGUCCGUAAAUACCACAGCCCCAACGUCAUCACCAUUCAAUUCAUUCACUGCCACCCUUUCUCCACUAUCACGUUAUGCAUAACCAACGCACACUCUUACUCAGACUCCCCUCGUUGCCCUCUCACUCUCUCACCACCACUCAUCACCCCACAACAAACACAAAGGUAAGCAGAACGAUAAGGAAACGCAAUCGCAGUUCCUCCUUCAGAAGAAGCAAUUGGGUUGUCCCCAAUGCAUUGACAAUGCAUUGUACUUCUCGCUCUGGCAGCGAUGAUAACAACAACCACAACGGUGCCACUUUCCGCAACGCCAAGCUGAACGAGUCAACCUUCCUGGCUUCUCUCAUGCCCAAGACGGAGAUUGGCGCUGAUCGUUUCCUUAAUGCUCACCCACAUUACGACGGGCGCGGUGCUCUCAUUGCUAUCUUCGAUUCUGGUGUAGACCCGGCUGCAGCUGGAUUACAGGUGACCUCAGAUGGGAAACCAAAAAUCGUCGAUAUUCUUGAUUGCACUGGGAGCGGAGACGUUGAUACCUCAAAGGUGGUCAAGGCUGAUGCGGAUGGUUGUAUUUUGGGGGCUUCUGGGGCAUCUUUGGUCAUCAAUACUGCCUGGAAAAAUCCCUCUGGUGACUGGCAUGUGGGUUAUAAAUUGGUUUAUGAGCUUUUUACAGAAAAUUUGACUUCUCGUUUGAAGAAAGAAAGAAAGAAAAAAUGGGAUGAGAAAAACCAGGAGGAAAUUGCAAAGGCUAUAAAGCAGCUUACUGAUUUUGAUCAGGAAAACGUGAAGGUGGAGGAAGCUAAUCUUAAAAGGGUUCGUGAAGACAUUCAGAAUAAACUUGAUCUUCUGAGGAAGCAGUCUGAGAGUUAUGAUGAUAAAGGGCCUGCCAUAGAUGCUGUUGUCUGGUUUGAUGGAGAGGUUUGGAGGGUUGCAAUUGACACACAGAGUCUUGAGGAAGAUCCAGACUGUGGGAAACUUGCUAAUUUUGUACCCUUAACUAAUUAUAGGACUGAGAAGAAGUAUGGUAUCUUCAGCAAAUUAGAUGCUUGUACAUAUGUUGUGAAUGUCUAUAAUGAUGGAAAUGUCUUAAGCAUGGUAACAGAUAGCUCCCCUCAUGGCACCCAUGUUGCUGGUAUAGCUGCUGCAUUCCACCCAGAGGAACCUUUAUUGAAUGGAGUUGCACCUGGAGCACAAUUAAUAUCUUGUAAAAUUGGGGACUCUCGCUUAGGUUCAAUGGAAACUGGAACUGGUCUGACUAGGGCUCUGAUAGCUGCUGUUGAGCAUAAAUGUGAUCUUAUCAAUAUGAGUUAUGGUGAGCCUACUUCACUGCCAGACUAUGGACGGUUCGUUGACCUUGUGAAUGAAGCAGUAAACAAGCAUCGACUGAUAUUUGUGAGCAGUGCUGGUAAUAGUGGGCCGGCAUUGAGCACUGUUGGAGCACCUGGUGGUACAUCUUCAAAUAUUAUAGGUGUUGGAGCUUAUGUUUCUCCUGCAAUGGCAGCUGGUGCUCAUUCUGUUGUUGCACCUCCUUCCGAUGGGCUUGAAUACACAUGGUCUAGCCGUGGACCAACAACUGAUGGAGAUCUUGGUGUCUCUGUAAGUGCUCCUGGUUGUGCAGUUGCACCUGUUCCUACAUGGACUCUUCAAAGGCGUAUGCUCAUGAAUGGGACAUCAAUGGCAUCACCAUCAGCCUGUGGUGGAAUUGCAUUGCUCAUAAGUGCAAUGAAGGCUGAGGGGAUUCCUGUGAGUCCAUAUAGUGUGAGGAAGGCCCUUGAAAAUACAUCUCUUCCCAUAGGUGGUUCACCUGAGGAUAAGUUGUCCACUGGGCAAGGGCUUAUGCAAGUUGACAAGUGUUAUGAAUAUAUAAAGCAGUCUCAAAAUAUUCCAAAUGUUCGGUAUCAAAUAAUGGUCAAGAAUUCUGGAAAAACAAAUGCUUGGUCACGGGGCAUCUACUUGAGGGAGGCUAAUGAUUGCAGACAACCUAUGGAGUGGACGGUGCAAGUUGAUCCAAAAUUUCAUGAAGAUGCCAAGAAGCUUGAGGAAUUGGCUAUGUUUGAGGAGUUCAUUGAAUUGCGCUCAUCAGAUCAGACAGUUGUGAAAGCCCCCGAGUAUCUUCUUCUCACUCAUAAUGGCCGUACCUUCAACAUAAUUGUGGAUCCUACCAAUUUAAAUGAUGGUCUGCAUUACUAUGAGCUUUAUGGUAUUGACUACAAAGCACCAUGGCGUGGUCCUAUUUUCAGAAUUCCAAUUACUGUAACCAAGCCCAUGGCUGUAACUGACAGAAAUCCUCUAGUUUCAUUUUCAAAUAUGUUAUUCCUGCCAGGCCAUGUCGAGAGGAAGUAUAUAGAAGUGCCAAAUGGUGCAUCUUGGAUUGAAGCAACUAUGAAUGCAUCAAGUUUUGAUACAGUUCGAAGAUUUUUUGUGCACACAGUUCAGAUAUGUCCAUUGCGAAGACCUAUUGCACGGAGGAAUGUGAUAACUUUUUCCUCUCCUGCUGCCAAAAGCUUUACCUUUAGCGUAGUAGGUGGUCAGACAUUGGAACUAGUCAUAGCUCAGUUUUGGUCAAGUGGCAUUGGCAGUCAUGAGACCACCAGGGUGGAUCUUGAGGUUAUGUUUCAUGGUAUAAAAGUCAAUCAAGAGGAAAUUGUACUUGAUGGGAGUGAAGCACCAAUCAGAAUUGAUGCUGAAGCGCUAUUGGCAGCUGAGAAACUUGCACCAGUAGGAAUUCUGAAUAAGAUAAGGGUGCCCUAUCGACCAAUAGAUGCUACAAUUAGCUCACUUUCAAGUGAUCGUGACAAACUCUCCUCUGGAAAGCAGAUACUAGCAUUGACGUUAACAUACAAGAUCAAAUUGGAAGAUGGAGCUGAAAUAAAACCUCAAAUACCGUUUCUAAAUGAUCGGAUAUAUGAUACUAAAUUUGAAUCUCAAUUUUAUAUCAUUUCCGAUUCAAACAAGAAAGUAUAUUCAAUUGGAGAUGCCUAUCCGAACUCUACAAAACUUCCCAAGGGAGAAUACAAUUUACAACUGUAUUUAAGGCAUGACAAUGUGCAGAUUUUGGAAAAGAUGAAGCAGCUGGUGUUAUUCAUCCAGCGGAAUUUAGAAGAGAAGGAGAUCAUUCGCUUAUGCUUUUUCUCUGAACCUGAUGGUCCAGUGAUGGGAGAUAGCUCCUUUAAGUCCUCAACGUUAGUUCCAGGUAUAAAAGAAGGAUUUUAUCUUGGUCCUCCACCAAAAGACAAACUUCCGAAGAACUGUCUACAAGGAUCUGUGUUGGUGGGAUCAAUAUCAUAUGGUAAACUAUCAUUUGCUGGUCUACAGGAUGGUAAAAGUCCAGAAAAGCAUCCUGUGUCACAUCGGGUUUCUUAUAUCAUUCCCCCAAAUAAGGUUGACGAAGACACGGGAAAAAGUUCUUCCUUAUCUUCCAAAAAGACAGUUUCUGAACGCUUAGAACAAGAGGUACGAGAUGCAAAAAUGAAAGUGUUUGGUGGUCUAAAACAAGGAAGCAAUGAAGAGUGCCUUGAAUGGAAGGAGUUGUCUGCCUCACUCAAAACUGAAUAUCCAAAGCACACACCGUUGCUUGCAAAGAUUUUAGAAGGUUUAGUUUCCAGAAGUUAUAUCAAAGACAAAGUUCUUCAUCAUGAAGAGAUAAUUGAUGCAGCAAAUGAGGUUAUUGACAGUGUUGAUAAACAAGAGUUAGCAAAAUUUUUAGCACUAAAACAUGAUCCAGGAGAUGAGGAAGUAGAGAAAACCAAGAAAGAGAUGGACUUAGCCCGUGAUCAGUUGGCAGAAGCACUUUACCAAAAGGGGCUUGCACUGGCAGAGAUUGCGUCUUUAAAGGUAGAUGAGCAAUCAAAGGAUGAUGACGUUCAUCCAGACUUGUUCAAAGAGAACUUCAAUGAACUGAAGAAAUUGGUUGAUGUCAAGUGCAGAAAAUAUGGAAUCCUGUUGGUCACAAACGAGAGGCGUAAUCAAAGGCUUGGGACAGCAUUAAAGGUAGUGAAUGACAUCAUUGAAGAUGAUGCCGAGCCUGCUCCGAAGAAAUUCUAUGAUCUAAAGCUCUCUUUGCUUGAGGAAAUUGGAUGGACUCAUUUUUGUUCAUAUGAGAGGGAAUGGAUGCUUGUGCGUUUCCCCCCAAGCUUGCCCCUUUUCUAGGCUCUUCCCGUUUGAAGUUUUUAAAGGAAAUAUCCUUUUACUUAGUUAUUUAUUGCCAUAGCAAUCAUUCAUGCAACAUAAGAUUGACCAUUUUACUCCAACCUACCUUUAUCCCAUCAUUGUCCAGGUGUUUCUAUGUCAAAAUAAAAGAAAACAAAAUAUUACUAUUUUUGUUUUAUUCAUCUUGUAAUUCCAUUCAAGUGCCUUACAAUCCUUGGGUGUGGAUCAUCCCUUUUGACAUUAGCAAUGUUUAUAGUUCUUUCUUGA